AUGGAGGCCGGUGCUGGGCCUCUCGUGGGAGGCCACGACCUCACCGUGGAGGCGCUGGCAGAGUUGGUUCCUGGCCUCAGCAGAGCCGCUAUUCUAGACGUCGUCGAGCAGUGCGGUAACAACGUUGAGCUGGCGCUAGACGGCCUGCUUGCCAUGGCGGAGGCCCAGUCGCCGAGGGGCCCGUUGGCACCACCCCCUUUGGUGCCGCAGACGCGGCAGUUGCUGGCGGAAGCGCAGCAUGAGGAGGUGUGGGCGAACCAGCAGGUGCAGCAGCACAGCCAUUCCGACCAGCAGCAGCAGCAACAUGGCGGCUAUGGCCCAACCGACCUUGUGCUGGCGGUUGAGUUCCACAGUUCCAUGUUUCCAAACCUCAAGCCUGACGUGGUGGGCGACGUGCUGCAGCGGUACAGCGAUACGCCACAGACGGCGCUGGACCAGCUGAUCAUGCUUUCUUCCUGCGUAAACGAUGCAGCAACCCACACCUGUGCUGCUACCACCGCUACCAGCGCUGUUGGCUCACUGCCGGACCAGCAGGCCUGGGAGGCAGACAGCGGGGACGGCUUCUGUGGCGGCAGCGAUGAUGAGUUUGCUGCCGGCAGCAGCUGGGAGCAAGAGCUGACGCCUGCUGAACUGGAGGCGAUAGAGGCGGGUGUGCCUCUGGAGUUGCUGCUUGCAGCGCCGCGGCAGCGGGAUCCUCCUCAGCGGCAGCAGCAGCAGGUGCCUCACCAACAGCAGCACCGUCCGCUGUCUCCUGAGGGUGAGGAUGCCAUGCCAGCCGAGGAAAAGCUGGAGCUGCUUCAGCUGGAGUUUGCGUCCAUCUCUGUGGAUGAGGUGUCUGCCUCGCUGGCAGCCUGCGAUGGCAGCCUUUUCGCCGCAGCAAAGCUACUGCGCGCCUUUUUGGCAGAGGAUGAUGCGGCCAAGAGCAGCGACAGCGAUGGUAGAGGCAACAUGAUUGGCGAUGCCCCUAGGUCGGCAGCGGCGGCUGCAAGUGUCCCCGCUGCUGCCAGCGCCUCGGCAGCGCUGCCGCACCAUGCCUGGCCCAAGGUGCAGCACUUGUCCCAGCGCUUCCCAGAGGUGCCCAUCGAGGCGCUGGAGGUGGCACUGGUGUCUUCCAGUUACAGCCUGGCGAACGCUCGGCGCACUCUGCGCGAGGCAGGGUACACCGAGGUCGACCUGGAGCCCACCCCGCGGCUUCAGCCUCAGCUCCUGUCGCUGUCAGAGGCCACUUACCAGCGCAACCAGGCCAUCUUCGAGCAAGAGCGAGCACAGGCGCAGCGGCUGCAAAUGUGCUACCGGCGCUGCUUUGAGCUGGCAGCGGCGGCGUACACGCGUGGCGACCAUGACACAGCCAACGAGCUGCGUUUGCGGGGCCAUCAGUACCGCGAGCAGUACGACCAGGAAAAGCGCAGGGCGUCCAGGCGCAUCAGCAAGCGAGUCAACGCGGGCACCUUGCCCAUCAUCACCGUCGAUCUGCAUGGAUUGCACGUCGAUGAGGCGCUCCGUUUGGUGGAGAGCGGCCUCCGCAGCCUGCCCGAGGUGGGGCCAGCCGACGAUUUGGGCCGGGCUGAGCUGGACCUUCCAUCCCUGGUGGCGUGA